CGCCCCCUAGAGGAGGGCAAGGCCCUGUUAAAAGAUCAGGGCUCGAGGAUAGCCAGGUCAGAGGCUUGAGUCUAAGACACAAGGUAUAUCAUGUUGAAGAUGAGCGGGUGGCAGCGAGAGAGCCAAAAUCAGAACCGGAACCUGAGGCGAGAGUGUUCCAGAAGGAAGUGUAUCUUCAUACAUCACCACACCUGAAUGCAGAGCCUGGUCCAGCUGCAGCGAUGGCAGCCGAGUCUUUGUCUUUCUCCUUCGGGACACUGUCCAGCUGGGAGCUGGAAGCUUGGUAUGAGGACCUGCAGGAAGUGCUGUCCUCAGAUGAAAACGGGGGUACCUAUGUCUCUCCCCCUGGAAAUGAGGAGGAAAAAUCAAAAACCUUCACCACUCUUGACCCCGCCUCUCUGGCUUGGCUGACUGAGGAGCCAGGACCAGCAGAGGUCACGGGCACCUCCCAGAGCCCUCUCUCUCCAGAUUCCAGUCAGAGCUCCCUGGCUCAGGAGGAAGAGGAAGACCAAGGAACACCCAGGAAACGGAAACGGAGUGGCCAGUCCCCAGCCCGGGCUGGAAAGCAACGCAUGAAGGAGAAAGAACAAGAGAAUGAAAGGAAAGUGGCACAACUAGCUGAAGAGAAUGAGCGGCUCAAGCAGGAAAUCGAGCGCCUGACCAGGGAAGUGGAGGCAACUCGCCGAGCGCUAAUUGACCGAAUGGUCAAUCUGCACCAACAAGCAUGAACACUUGGGACCAUCACUUUCCCCUCGGGGCACUUUCCCAGAAGUGGCCACUGACCAACUGACCAGUGCCAAUGAUGUGACCCUCAACGCCAUAUCCACAGCAGGGGGAAAGCUUGGGAUAGACAACAGGAAAAGGGUCGCAGCAUGUAAAUAGAUUGUACAUUUAUUACUGUCCAUAUCCAUUAAAGUGACUCUCUAUGA